AAGAGAACUUUUAAUGAAGACCAAGUAAAAGGAAUUAUUAAAGAAGUUGUAGAACAAAAUAUUUUACAAGGUUCUGCUUAUCUUCAUAGUCGUAUAUCAAAUUGGAAUAAUUCGAUAGUUCAUUCAGUUGUUGAAAAAUUAUCAGCUUUAAAUAAAGCUUUUAAAUACAUUGUUACCUGUACAAUUUUUGAAAAAAAUGGUGCAGGAAUACAUGCUACUACAACUUGUUACUGGGACAAUAAUCAUGAUGGAAGUACUACUUACAGACAUGAUACCAAUAGUAUGUACGUUAUUGUUAAUGUUUGGGGAUUAUGUGUAGGAUAA